AUGUCUCAGGGCUUGAUUUCUAGUGUGUUAUUGACGGAAGGAAAGGACAGACUGGAGAAUUAUGACAUUUUGGAUAGCAUAUAUUGUCAAGGCACUUCACAUGUCUUGAAGGCCAGAUGUAUUCGUGGUCGCUGCAAGGGCCGACUGGUUGCGCUCAAGAAGCAUUCCUCACAGGAUCUGUCAUCAGAAGUUCUUCACCAAGGUCUAUAUCAUCUCAACGUCGUUUCUCUAUUCUCUGUCUUUUCCGGACUCCUACAUCGAUACCACGUACUCGAACUUUGCUCUGGCGGUUCCCUAUCAAACCUCUUAGAUUCACGAGAUAAUUCUCUUCUGCCCGAGCGCGAAAUCAUAUCAAUCGCGAGACCUCUCUUCGAUGCGCUCUCUUAUCUAAACAGAGAAGGAAUAGUACACUGCAGUAUAAGCCCAAACGCAAUAUUGUUCACUAAUGAACAGCGAGUAAAACUAACCAAUUUCACUCACGCGAUACAACUUCCUUCACAAGAUACCACAAUCGCAUACUUUUUAGAACACCCUCAGUACACAUCUCCCGAGAUUUUGUCACGUAAAUCUUUCGAUUGUGCUUCGGACUUGUGGUCCCUGGGCGUUGUAAUAUUCCGGUGUUACACUGGCGAACUACCCUUCCAGGCGUCUGGCUCGAGGGACCUUCUGGAAAAUGUCCUCAGAGGACGAUACGCAAUCCCAAGUCAGGUAUCCCCGGACUUCAGGAAUUUGAUCAGUGGUCUUUUGAACACAGAUCCAUCUCGUCGACCUGAUUUGAAUUUGAUCCUCAACCAACCGCCUUUUUCCGACCCGUCAAAUCUUAAAGUCCUCCCGCAACCCAUCUCCAGGCCAGCUAAUAAACGCCCACAUCUCCCCUACAGGAUGCCUUCGUCCAAACCCGCAUACAGAAGCUCCAGUACGGCAAGGGCCCCUUUGCGCGAAAUUCAAAACGCAGACCUUCGGCGGGUUUUGAGCGACGAAAUAUCAACUAGUACCAUUAAACCUCAACAAAAGAGAACCUCCUCAGAUUCACGCCCGGCAAUCACUGCUAUCGGAGCCUCUCAAAAUACAUAUGAUAAACUCAAGCGGACGUCAUUCGAUUUGACUCCUCUUACAGAACCUCCACCAGGUCUAUUAUCUUCACGUUUGCGACAUCUCAAAGCCCUUUCUUCGGAGUCAACACCUGACGCUGAUUUUGUCAAACAACGCCUUCUCCAAAAGCCACUUAUCGCCCAUAUGUGUAACGGAGAAGCCAUGAGUGAAAAUGGAGACGAAACUGAAUCCGAUUCAGACAUUACAAUGCUUCCGAUUGGCACAUCGCGUCCUUCUGCUUUGAACACUACACUAUUAUCGCCGCGAGUUCACAAGACCGUAAAUGGCCAAAUCACCAUUCUGUCGUCUCGAUCUGUGCUGGUCGAUUUCAGAGAGGGCGAGCGACGUCGAGGAGAGGAAGGAACUGAGGUCUUCGUUAUCAGUCCCCAGGGAGAUGAGGUAAAGGUAUACGACGCCCCACAUCUCAAUAUCCCCACUUGUUUUGAGGAACCCAAAGAAGAACACGAUCUUGCGUCACUUCCGCGUAGAUAUUGGAAACAAUACAAUGAUGCAAGCACUUUGGUAGCCAGGAUCAGACAAAGGACUCCUCGGAUGGUACUGUACGAGGGGAGUGUCCAAUUUACCCUCAUGGCGAAUGGACCUCAAGGAGACGUGGAAAUCCUCAUGACGAAAAGCAUCGCAUCUCAUUCAGUAUCCAAGAAAUCAAACCGUGGAAAAGACGAGAACCAAGUCCAAGUCCAAGUCCCUACGCGACGUCUAAGGUAUUCAAGUCAAACCCAAACCCUUGAAUUAUCCAAUUAUACCACGAGUUCGGAAGGCAAAGAGUGGAAGACGACAACUCACCAUAUUCUUUCCAAUGACUCCGCACAAGUAGAUCGUGAUUCUUUCAAGUUGGCUGGGUUAUCGAGUGACGAGGAUGAUACUAUUGGACAUCUGAUGCGGUUCCUACAUGUGUGUGCGAUAGUAGAAGCUGAUGACUUCCAUGGUGAUGGAGCUCGAGCUGUGAAUCCCUCGCCUUCCAAACCUCUGCUUGGUUCAGAAUCCAAUCAAAAAACCCUCUCAGGCUCUGGCUCUGUGGGAUCUCAUGUCGUUGGUGGCUCUUCGCGAACAAUUGGAAGGUCGCUCUCUAUCGUUGACCUUGCACCUCGACCCGUCAAGUUUUCGUCGUCUACGACCAAAUCCGAGAAUGAGCUAUCUACGGGUAAUAACAAGAAGGACGUCGCUGAUCUCGAUACUUUCGAGCUGCUUCUGGGAAGCCGAACAAGUGGGAAAGGUUUUGGUGUAACGGACGCAACGCCCUCGUGGGUUCAAGACGCUUCGCUCGGCCAUGGUAUGACUGGAGGACUGGCUGUACAGUCUAAAUUCAUACCCUCUGUGGGAUGGUGCAUUCGGCAUAAUUCGAGAGUUUCUCAAGGAGGACGAUAUAAAAUUAUGUUCUUGGACGGCGCUGUUCUGGAUAUUGAUGUCGAUGAGGAGUGGGCUGAACUCGCUUGUCCGGAUGGAACUAAAUACAGGUAA